GCUUGCAUCUGUCUAGCGCAGUGUGAGCGUGCAGCAGUAGAGGAAGGAGCAGCAGCAACCGAAGUACAAGACGAACAAGACUGAAAGGGCUAUAUAAGGGGUCUGCAGGGGUCUUAAUAUGGAUUUCUAGAUAUAUGCAAAGGUAUAAAAGGUUCUAUAAGCCUUUCUUCUUCCCUCAGAACCCCUCACUCCUCUCAUCUACCUGAAACGGGGAGAUGCAAGACGCCUGUGCUUCCUCACGUGGGACGAUAUUGGGCUCAAGAUCUUAACAGGGGAGAUCUCACAAGAGGAGCAUCUUCAUCCUGACCAUCAUUCUUUCAUCUUUCUAUCUUCAGGAGCUAUGCAGAACAACAUAGAGGACCAUGCACUGCCCCCAGACUCUCCCAGGCUCUCCAACUGCAUUUCAGCCGGGCCACUCCUGACUUCAUAAGCUCGCUGUCGACAUGGGAAACAGCUUGUCCGCCAUCACAGCCUUCCAGCCUCUGCACGUGGUGAUCCUGGGGCUGGACUCUGCAGGCAAGACCACGGUUCUGUACAGGCUCAAGUUCAACGAGUUUGUAAACACGGUCCCCACCAUAGGAUUCAACGCAGAGCGCGUGCGUCUGGCCGGGCGUGGGGUGACCUGCCACCUGUGGGAUGCUGGUGGCCACGAAAAGCUCCGGGCCCUGUGGAGGCCCUACAGCCGUCGCACGGAUGGCAUCGUCUACGUGGUGGACUCUGUGGACGUGGAGCGACUAGACGAGGCCAGGGCGGAGCUGCACCGGGUGGCUCGCUUCUCCGAGCACCAGGGGGCGCCACUGCUCAUCCUCGCCAACAAGCAGGAUCUGCCCGGCUCGCUGUCCGCCGCUGAGGUGGAGCGGAGGCUCGACCUGCAGGAUAUCAGCCCAGGAGCUGCUUACCACGUCCAGCCAGCCUGCGCCAUCAUCGGAGAGGGACUGCAGGAGGGCAUGGAUAAACUGUGUGAAAUGAUCGUCAAGCGCAGAAAAAGCUUGAAGCAGAAGAAGAGGCGGUGAUAAGAUGAUAAGAAACCACUGCUUUUGGAAGAGUGAAUGUUUUCGGGGAAAAGGAUCCAAUGAAUUAUGCUAAAACCUCUGAAUGUUUAAUGAUGUUCUUGAGUUGAACUUGAAUUUUUUUCCACUUUUCCCAACCAAAUGAUGAAAACGAGACCUUGUUCAGUGUAUACUACAAGUUUUCCAUAGAGAACCAAUUUUAAACCAUUUAACAAGGAGAAGAACCAGUUCAAGGGUUCCUUAAGUUGUCAUGGUUAUAUACAGAACUGUUGCCUGAAAUAAGAACUCUUGAUGGCCCAGUUUUUAUAGGACGGUAGAUUUUCCAGUGCUACCGGUUGCCAGUUUGUCAGUAGAACACCCCUCUUUGGUGUUGCCAAAGGGAUAUAUUUGAGCAAUCACAUACACAUUUACAAAUAUGGUUCUUGGUCAAAGAAUCAUUGGUCAAAUAAUGUUUGUGUGACAGUGGUAGGUCCCCAGCUCCUUAGAAGGUUAGUGCACUAGGUAUAUCUAGGUAAUGUUAGAGUCAAAUUAUAAAAAUGAGACAUAGUUUGAGUAUACUACAGGUUUUUCAACAUAAAGAGCCCAUUAUAAACAAUUUAACAAAGUGAAGAACCAAGGGUCCAGUGGUUCUUUAAGUUGUUAUGGUUCUAUACAGAACCCUUGGUUCCUGAACUAACGAACUCUUGAUGAUCCAGUUUUUAUAGGACAGUACAUGUUCCAAUGCUCCAGGUUGCCAGUUUGUUAGUAGACCCC